AUGUUUCCGGCGACCAAGAGAGACGCCGCGGGCAUCUCCCACAGUAUCGGUAACAUUGGAGCCUGCGUUGACAACCUCCAAACGAGCUCCCCCACCAGCGCCGACUUGCCAAUUCCGGAUGUGCCGCAAAUGACCGCCCUCAUCACCGAGGCCUCGAUGCAACGAAUUAACCCCAAUAACAGCCUGUCGCAAGCCCCUGGCCGAAGGGAUAUCCUUUCCUGCCAGAAAACUGAUUCCUUAUGGACCAACAGAUUUGCUGACGUCUCAGGCAUGGCGAACGGUCUACGCUCCAGGGAAUCAAACCUAUUCCAGAAAGCAUUCAGCGGCAGCUGCAUGUGCUGGCAUCGACUAAGAAAUGAGACGAGGGGCGAUAAUUCGCGGGACUUCUUGACUAAGGGCAAAUUGGUACUCGAUGAAGUCUCGAUCAGAGAAUGCUUGGAGGACGAUUUGGACAUCUGCAAAACGGAUAAUUGUCAUCUUUCUCGGCUAACUUACUUUGUAAUAUAUUUCGGGUCGAGAAAGACUAUCACGCGAACCUAA